GGGCUCCCAUACAGAGCCGGGCGCUUAAUUAUCUCCGUCUCUUCGCGCUUCUUGCGCACUCUCCGUGAAUCGUCCCGUUAGUGCUUGCCUUGCCUCGAUAUGUCCAGCCCCCAUUUCUCUCUGAGUCAUGCGGACUGUCAUUACUCGCAGCCUAAACAGCUCAUUCCUUAAGCCGGAACAGAUGAAACGCACAUACUCAUACGCACAGUAACCAUAAAUCGUGAUCUCUGCAACUACCGGAGGAUUUGUAGUACGAGCUCCCGAGCUCGAAGGAAGCCGUCGACCUCCGUAUAUCCACCGCGUUAUCCCAUGAGGUCCCACGGAGAAUGCAAUGGAUGGUUCAUCCGGAAUUUAUCUUAGGGUAUUGACUCAAGGGGCACUUUUUUCGGUGUCCUGAUAUUUGAUCGGCGAGGAGUCUUGGUCUAAAUGGGUCCGGUCAUGCCUCCCAGCAAGAAGUCGGAAGGUUCGGGCGUGAGUGUGGCCAGUGGGCUGAGGCGUCUGUACGCCUCGUCCGGCUGCUUGAGCCGCGCGCUCCAGGAGGCCGAGGAGAUGGACCUGACGCUCCCUCCGCCACCGCCACUCCCGCCAGGCGGCCUCAAGGCCGAGAAGACGUCAUCCGGGGGCGGAGGAGGUGGAGGUGGCGGCGGAGGAGGAGGAGGAGGAGGAGGAGGUGGCGAAGACGAGGAGCUGACCAACCUCAACUGGCUCCACGAGAGCAAGAACCUGCUCAACAGCUUCGGCGACCCGGUGCUGCGCAGCGUGAGUCCGGUGCAGGAGCUGGACGAGGACGGGCCGCCGUCGCCCGCCCAGUCGGACCCGGCCUACGACGCCAAGCAGAACCCCAACUGCAAGCCGCCCUACUCCUUCAGCUGCCUCAUCUUCAUGGCCAUCGAGGACGCGCCCGCCAAGCGCCUGCCCGUCAAGGAUAUUUACAACUGGAUCCUGGAGCACUUCCCCUACUUCGCCAACGCGCCCACCGGCUGGAAGAACUCGGUCCGGCACAACCUGUCCCUCAACAAGUGUUUUAAGAAAGUGGACAAAGACAGGAGCCAGAGUAUCGGUAAGGGCUCCCUGUGGUGCAUAGACCCAGAGUACCGGCAGAACCUCAUCCAGGCGCUCAAGAAGACCCCGUACCACCCCUACUCCCAGGUGUUCACACCCCCACCCACCUCUCCUCAGGGGUACCAGAGUAUGUCCAGCCCCCCGGUGUGGCCAGGCAGCCCCUUCUUCAGAAAAAAUAAAGGAGUCCUCCUUCAAGAUCCAGACAUUGACGCUGCCACAGCCAUGAUGCUUUUGAAUGCCUCGGCCCUCCCGUUCUCCUUCCCUCAGGGAGUGAUCCAGAAUGGAGCUCGGAUGGUGAGCCAGAGUAGCUUCCCCGACAUCAGAGCCCUCCCCAUCAGGUCGGUGUUGGCGGGCUGCCGGAUGCGCAGCGACAGCGAGCCCUCGUGCGACUCCCCUCUGGUCAGCAGCGACCCCAAAGAGGACCACAACUACAGCAGCGGCGUGAAGACGGGCGGCGCCGACUCGCCCUCCCCCGGCCCCCUCCAGGGCAGCGAGGCCGGCAGUUUCCACGGCAACAGCGAGGCGGCCAGCGACCCGGAGGACGACGACAAGAGCAAGAUCAAGAAGGAGCCGCGGGAGUGGUCCGUGGACGCCUUCGCCCUCGCCCAGCACAAGAAGCGCCAGCACCCGCCGCCCUCCGCCAAGGUCAGAGGUCAACGGGCCGCCAGCGACACGCUGCCGCUGAAGAAGCGGCGCACGGAAAAGCCGCCCGAGAGCGACGACGAGGAGAUGAAGGAGGCGGCGGGGUCCCUCCUCCACCUGGCGGGCGUCCGCGCCUGCCUGAACAAUAUCACCAACCGGACGGCAAAGGGGCAGAAGGAGGCCUCGAAAAACUGAGCGAAAACGAAAAGAGAGACAAAAACAGUCCUUUCUGCCUGGCCGGAGGAAUAAAGCGGAAAAAUAAAAAAAAUAAACACGGAAAUAGAGAAAAAAAAACAUCACUUUUAAUAGAAUUUGCUAUUUUUUUUCAGGACAUCAGGUGAAUUCUACUGAUUUGUGGCAAUACCAACAAUCACUUUGUUUUCCUAUCUUUAUAAGUAAUGUUUUUUCCGAGGGUGCGUUACUUUGUUUGUUGUUCUAUUUUUUUUGUUUUGUUUUUGUUUUGUUGAAAGGAGAUUAAAGCCAUAGCAAAACCUUUAUAUGAUGUUCAGAUGAUUUAGUGAUAAUUUAGUCUUUUUAUUUCAGGUUUGUUUGUUUAAUUUGUUUGGCUGAAAUUAAAACAAAUAAGAAUCAAAACACCCCCCUCUAACAUACUUCAGAUUGGCACAGUUGGAAGCAGGAUGUUGAAUUAAUACAACAGAAGACACAAACAAAAUUCAACAGUUUAAUAAUCUUGCUUGCAGUUUCUUAGAGCAGGAUAGUGGAGUGGAUCGUAGUGAUAUUUCGCAUAAGAAGACACUGUGGGAGGCUCUGUGUUAGCAUUGUUAGAUUAGCGUUGUGUUCUUCCCUUCCCAGAUGGUUUCCGUGGGAGACGGCUACACUGUUGCCUCACCUGGGGGGAAGGAUUUCAGGGCUGGAGAGUGCCAAAGAGGACCCCACCAGCAGACAGGGCAGCCUUUGCCUGACCAGAAAUGCACUAGUUUGACAAACAGUGGUAACAGUUGAAAUGAGACGGAAGAGUUGCAGAACACAACGGAGGACAUGUUUCUUGUGUUUCUCCUGCCUCUGUAUUUCAUGUGAGGUCUUCUUAGCAGAUGGUAUUAGGCUAGCGCAAAAAUAUAACACCAAUACAAAGCCAUAAGCCUUUAACAAGUGCUUUUUGGAGAGAGAGGGGACAAACUGUAUUGUCCUUAAAACUGCCAGUCUCCUUUUAAGCAAUCAUGAUUAGGAACUUAGAAAUCCUACUGAGGGUAGAAACGCUACCAAACCUGCCAAUCAUAUUGUAGUGAUAAAAUAAGGAAACUUACCACGGAGGUUGUAUAUUUCUUUUGUUGUGUUUGUUUAUUUGUGUUUUUUAAAAACCCUCAAGAUGUAAUAAGCAAUUCCAUCCAGUCAGGAUAAACGCUGUAUAGAAUGUCCCAUUAGUCUAUCUUCUCCCUGUCUUAAUUUAAGCAAUUGUAGCCAGCAGGACUUUCCAAAUCAUGUUGCAUGGGUUCUGUAAAGAAGACGACGACGAAGAAGAAGAAGAAGAAGAAGAAAAGAAGAAGAAGAAGAAGAUGAAGACGAAGAAGAAAAAAGAUGUUUUUUUAAAUCAAAGUUCAUGUACGUAAAUAAUGUAUUUAGCAUGGAGCAUGAAUUAUUUUCAUAUAAAUAGAGAAACUAGAGAACCAAGACGGCUUCAGACGUCUGAGCUCAGAGGCUUGGACUUUCUUGUCAUUUUUGUCUUAAUUUGACAAAAAAAAACUCUUUUGUUUUGUUUGUUUGUUUGUUUUUUUAUUUGUUUGUUGUUCUCAUUCAUACUUGUUUUCAAGCAGGCAUUAAAACGGAUAAACCUUCUUCAGGGACAAACACAGACUGUUUGGGCAUCUAUCUCUGCAAUAUGAGGACUUCAUGUUACGUAACGAGUAGGGCUAAGCCGUUCUGUCCGACUGCUUUGUGUCCACUCCACCUCCAGACAGAGCGCGGGUCUGGCUCGGAUGCGGCGUGGAUCUGGCUCAGUGCCGGUCGCCCCUGCGGGGGUCAGCUCUCGUCUGCUCGCACUCUCGGCACGACCCCUCAAGGCUCUAACACCAGCUGAUUCUGGAGUGGAUCAAGCUCAGAGGAAGUCCAGAUCUGACUGAUUCGGACUAAGUUGUUCUGAUCUGGACUAGAUCCGAUCUGCUCUGAUGGUGGUUUGGGAUCAGGCUCCGAUCUGAAUUCGAUCCGUUUCGAGGUCAGCCAGCGGGCAUCUGGGAACACACACUUUUGGUCAGCGCUGUGGUCAGUGCUCUGGUUUCAGGAGAAGUUAGUAGUGAGUGUCGGUCCCCGUCCUGCAUCCGGUGCUCCCAGGUUCAGUGCUUCAGUUUAAUCUCCAUUUGCUGUCAAAAGUGUGCUUGUUUUGAUACUGUGGAUGUCUUCUGUAUUUCAAGGUCUUCCAUUUGUACGACACAGGAGUUUACUAGUCAUGUUUCUUUCAGAGUAUUCGCCACUGUCGAUGUAGCAUUGUUCAGGUGCGUCACCAGUAUUAGUACCUGUCAUCCAGACACACGCACACAUACACUGAUUCUCUGUCUUUCUCUCUCUCUGUGUCUCUCCUUCUCUCUGUCCCUCUCUCUUUCACACACACACACACACACACACACACACACACACACACAAACAAAUAGUGGAGAAAUGACAUGACUAUAAAAUUACAAGAGAGCUAAACACUCUAGUGCAGACAUUUGCUUUCUCCUCUCUCUGGAUUGCACUAAGAUGAUAAGUUACAGAUAUUUUUAAAGUUCAGUGCCAAAGCCUAUAGUGAUUUGAUAUCUUAUCUAUCUCUCUCUCUCUCUAUAUAUAUAUAUAUAUAUAUAUGUUACCUAGAAAAUGAUACAUACUUGAUCUGUGUGCCAGAGAUCUGUCAAUAAUGACCUGUAGCAUUUUCUUUUGUCUCAACGGGGCCCUGUAUUAUGGAGUGCUCUCUCUUGUUCCCAGUAAAGCGCUGUAAAUUGCUCAUCAUGAUUCGUUGUGUGUGAUGCUCUCUCACGUACAGUAUGUCUGCCUUCCUGCUCAUCACCCCGCACACUCCAAAAGUGCUCAUGUUCCGGCAGCCGGCUCUCCGCAGUAUGUGAAAUGAAUUAUUAUAUAUUAAAAAAAACAAAACGAAACAAAACAAAAAAAACCGACAAAAAAUCGGACCUAUAAGUGAUCCAGAGUCUUGCAGUCCUCUUCUUUUCCGACCCACAGGCAUGUGUAGGUACAGUAUCUCAGCGGUCAGUAAAGCGCCAACCAUCUGUUGUGCAUCGUUGUUCACCCCCGUUUGGAAAAUGUGACAAGGCCUCUGGCUUCGUCAGAGACAAAGGGCCCUAAUUUUAACGAUAGGCAAAGUGCAAAGUCUUAGGCUAACUGAAGCUAACUUAUUGACUCACUAGACAAUAUUAAUUUGCUAGUUUAACUUCAUGGGCAAGACACAGAAGAGCAAACAUUGAUGAGUCAUCUCAAUGCUCCCAAAUGCCACAUGAUAGCUGUUUUUCAAGCUCGAGAACUUCAGAGCCUGCAGACAGACUUUGCAUUUUGCCCUCCAAGUGAAUUAGUGUCCUGUAACGCCGUAGACCGACACGGUCCACACGGACGGCCUCAUCUUUGCCUUCCUCAGAUGUCAACACUCACUACAUAACUUUUCCUUGAGCUUCACACUCAGUCAAUGAUGGAAGAUCUUCUAAAUGAUAUUACAAUCAGAAAGCAUCAAUAUUAGCCAGGCAAAUAAUGGUCAACUAAGAGGCAAUGUGUUUUUUAUUAUUAUUACAAUUGUAAUUAUUACCUUUCACUUGUUUUGUUUGGUUUUGUUUGGUUUUGUUUGGUUGAGUCUUUUUUUUCUUUUUGUAAUUGUUACGUUUGAAACGUUAAUGUUUAACUGCCAUUUCGUUUGUUAGAUUCAAACAUCUCAAAGAAGAAAGACAGAAUGAGGGAAAACAAACUAUAUGAUGCUGUCUGGUUUGGCAUGACUAUCCAACUGACUGGUCAAUAUGGAGGCGUAUUUGCAUUCUAUAUUUUCUUGACGCGUAAUCAUAUUGCCAAAGACAAAUGAUUCAAAAAUAUGAUGUAAAUAUCACUGUUGUUCAUUACUAUGACAGGAAUAUGUUUUGUUUGUUUGUUUGUUUGUUUGUUUGUUUUAAUUUUUUUCCCUCUCAAACAUACCAUCAUGUUUCUGUGCUGUAUUGUCUUCCAGUUGCAAUAAAAAAGAGUUGCAAACGUUGCAAAAAUCUUUGAAUAAGAUGUUUUUGAGCUGUCUGUUUAAUAAUAAAGUCACCUCCUGCAGAAUAA